AUGGCUGCCUACAAACCCUAUUGUUUGAUAUUAAUCCCAAUUCUCAUUCUCUUAACGGCGUCGUUUCAUGUCGCCUACGGUGGCGUCGACGACUCUCUUUUAUUGAGUUAUAAACACGUCGUGAUCCGUAACGAUUUAACUUCCAAAGACAACCUCGUCGUUCACUGCAAGUCGGGAGACAGCGACUUGGGUCGCGUGACCAUCCCGUACGGCGGCAGUUGGGGAUUCAGGUUUCGCGUUAAUCUCGCACAUACGACGCGGUUUUACUGCCAUUUCACGUGGCCCGGCCAGUCGAAAUGGUUCGAUAUUUUCGAAGUGUUGAGGGACGAUAACAUAGGCGGUCCAUGGCCAAUCUGCAGAGAAUGUGUAUGGAGCAUCGACGGUGAUACGUUCGGUGGGCCUUGUCGGAUCAGACGCGACGGGAAACCUCCCUUCUGUUUUGGUUGGAACCCUUCAAAGGGAUUCUAA